AUGAACGUCCCCGUCCCCCGAAAGCUGGAGAGCGGCGAGGGGAAGGGCUGGGUGACACCGGAGGGCAGGUUUCCCUGGAGAGGCGCUGCCCAGGGCCAGCUCUGGCCAAGAAGAGCAGAACUUGUGCAAAAAUCACUGGCGGAGCGGAGCUGCUGCAUGUGGAAGUCCCCAGCGUCCCCUCGGCCGGCGCUGGUGGCUCUGCCUGGGACGGGGCUCACAGAGAUGGACACGCGAAUGCGGGUGGAGAAAUGUCCCGUUGUGGCGCCUCCGGUGCAAGAUAUUGAAUUCACCCAGAUUGAAAUGAAGGUCAUUGAGGGGCUGAAAAUCGGCAACGAGUGUCUGAACAAGAUGCACCAGGUUAUGUCAAUAGAAGAAGUGGAAAGAAUCAUAGGUGAAACCCAGGACGCAGUGGAGUACCAGAGGCAAAUAGAUGAGAUACUGGCUGGCAGCCUGACUGAAGAAGAUGAAGAUGCCAUUUUAGAAGAAUUAAAUGCCAUUACUCAGGAACAGAUUGAGCUUCCAGAAGUUCCUUCGGAGCCGCUCCCAGAAGAGGUUCCAGAACCGUCACCCGUCAAGAACAGGCCCAAAGCAGAACCGGUGGCGGCCUCUUAGCUCCAGCCUCUGGGGCUUCCCCCGUCCCUCUGUCCCGGGACAGUUCUCCGUCCCAGCACGGGCUGGGUCCGAGCGGUGCCUCGGCAGCAUCCCAGCUGUGCUGGGCGGAUCGUGGAGCAGGAUUCCCUGUGCAGGGUGGGGAACCUCGGCUGAUUAUUGCUCUUGUAUCAAGAUUAUUUUCUAGUGCUUUCCUUUUUUGUAACUUAAAUCCUAAACUCACUCAGCUGCGCUGUCUUGGGAUUAAACAACAACUCUAACCUUCCAAAUCCAAA